GCACACCGGAGGAGCCCCGCGGCCGGCGGGAGGUGGGCGAGCGGGCGUGGGGGAAUGGAGACGCCCGGCAGCAUCCUCGGGGCCGCCGUGUGACAGCGAGCGGCGCUCAGAAGCGCGCACGGAGCCCGAGCCGGAGCCCCGCAGCCGCCCUGCCCCGUCCCGUCCCGCGGGGAGCCGGCAUGGACUGACAGCAGCCGCCAGGAGAAGCCCCAAAGAGAAACAGAGAUGGCCAAAUUGACAGAGUCGAUGACCAACGUCCUGGAAGAAGACUCAAUGGAGCAGGACAUCGAGAGCCCUGUCACUAUCCACCAACCAAAGCUACCCAAACAAGCCAGAGAGGAUCUGCCAAAAAACAUCAGCAAAGAAUGUGCCAAGAGAAAAAUCCAGAGGUACGUUCGGAAAGAUGGGAAAUGCAACGUGCACCACGGGAAUGUCCGAGAGACUUACCGGUACUUGACUGACAUCUUCACCACCCUGGUGGAUCUCAAGUGGAGGUUCAACCUGCUGAUCUUUGUCAUGGUUUACACGGUGACCUGGCUCUUCUUCGGCAUGAUCUGGUGGCUCAUUGCCUACAUGCGAGGGGACAUGGAUCACAUAGGGGACAGCACGUGGACCCCCUGCGUCAGCAACCUCAAUGGGUUUGUCUCAGCCUUUUUAUUCUCAAUCGAGACCGAAACCACCAUUGGGUACGGUUACCGGGUCAUCACGGACAAGUGUCCCGAGGGAAUUAUCCUGCUUUUAGUGCAGUCUGUCCUAGGUUCUAUCGUCAACGCCUUCAUGGUUGGCUGCAUGUUUGUGAAAAUAUCCCAACCCAAGAAGAGGGCAGAAACCUUGGUUUUUUCUACAAACGCAGUCAUUUCCAUGCGGGAUGGAAAGCUGUGUCUGAUGUUCCGAGUAGGAGACCUUAGGAAUUCACACAUUGUAGAGGCAUCAAUACGAGCCAAGUUGAUCAAAUCCAAACAGACAAAGGAGGGGGAAUUUAUACCACUCAACCAGACAGAUAUCAACGUAGGUUAUUACACAGGGGAUGAUCGUCUCUUUUUGGUUUCACCACUGAUCAUCAGCCAUGAGAUUAACCAGCAGAGUCCUUUCUGGGAGAUUUCCAAAGCCCAGUUGCCCAAAGAGGAGCUAGAAAUUGUUGUAAUCCUAGAAGGAAUGGUGGAGGCAACAGGGAUGACCUGCCAGGCUCGCAGCUCCUACAUCACCAGUGAGAUCCUCUGGGGCUAUCGCUUCACGCCCGUCCUCACGCUCGAGGACGGCUUCUACGAGGUCGACUACAACAGUUUUCAUGAAACCUAUGAGACCAACACCCCCGUUUACAGUGCCAAAGAGCUGGCAGAGAUGGCCAGCCGAGCAGAACUGCCCCUGACCUGGUCUGUCUCCAGCAAGCUGGACCAACACGCCGAGCUGGAAACGGAGGAGGACGACAAGAACCAAGAAGACCAAAACGAAAGAAACGGAGACGUGGCCAACUUGGAGAAUGAGUCCAAAGUGUAGAACCAGAGGAGGAGUAAAGGCCACGCCACCUCCUUUGUCUCCUCCCUCUCUGCUCCCUGUUCCUUUCUGCGACACGCCUUUAAUUUUUUUUUCUCUUCCUGUUAUUGGUAACUCACGGAAAAUGAACGGUUUAGACGCGAGAUCCCAACUUCGACCCAAGAGGUUCCCAGACUAAGCAAGGGCGUGGGUUAAAGCUGCAGCACCCAUCAGGGAUGGGGGAAUCUCCCUUCCCCUGGCAGUGACUGCUGGCACCCCUCCAGGUUUAUCCACAGCACAGGAACCAAUCCCUGAACGCAAAGGAAACGCAAGGGAUUUAAAAGGAAGCGCUGAUUAACGCUCAUCACAGCAAUGGGCUUUGAGGUUUUGAUGCAUUUCAGGACAGCUUCACAGACUGGGUGACAGUGGAAUGGGCCUUGCAGCUUUAGAGGAAGGGGAGCAGAGGGACCUGCAAUCCCACACGACCCUGUACAUAUGCCUUAUGUAACUAUUUCUCUCUACAUUUAGUAAUAAACGCCGCAUGUACAAAAGUACUGUAGUAAAGAACUUCUAAAUAAUGUA